CACAAGCGUCUCUGCAGCCGCAGGUGUACACAAGCGCAGAGAGUUUUGAAUGGAUAAGAUGUAAAUUUACUUUAAUUUCAGCAAAAUGUCACUCGAUGACCCACGCGUGGAAUGGCUACGAGACCGCGUGUGCGCCUGUUUUAAUCUUGACAGUGUCAGCUACUUUGAGGACUUGCUGGGUCGUGGGGAUGGCGAGGAGGCGCAAAAAAUCAAUCGGUUUUUGAACGAGAUCACUGAAGAAGAGGGGGUUUCAGCGCUACUGUUUUUCAAAUGUUUAAGGGAAGAAGAGGUUGAAGUGCAAGUCCCAAUUGACCCAGAAGAGAACCCAGCUGCGAAGGAGGCUAACGAAAAUGAAGAGGCAACCAAGGAGUCCGCUAAGCUCCCCGCCACACCCACCAAAGCAGAGGGGGGAAAAUCCCCAGGGAAGAAGAAGAAGCGCAGGAAGUCAUCACUGACUUCAGAGACCGCCAGUUCUGUGGGGGCUCCUCAGACCCCCUCCUCACUCGCUGAAGCUAAGGAUGAGCCGCCACUCACAAGGACCGAGGUGAAGGUGGUGUACCACCUGGAGCUUCACGUGGCAGUGAACAGCGCCCCCCAGAGGUUCGCCGAGUCCAACACGCUGUACUUCAUCAGAAACACUAAAGAUCCCAUCGCCGAGCCGCUGGACAUUAAAGAGGCUAACGACACGAUGCCGGGGAUGCUGCAGAUGGGGAUGAUGAACGGACACCCUCUGUUGAUACUGAAGCUCCUCCUGAACCACGUGUACAUCCCUUUGCUGUCCGUGGGGCAGCUGAAGUCCAGUAAUGGCGGCUACAGUCAGGGCGAGAGGCAGGCGAAGGACCGGGAGUCCAAGGGCGUGCUGGUGAUCCGGGACGAGAUGCUCAACAGCACCUACAAGUUCCUCAGCCACGUGGACUGGACCCUGCAGCAGCUGGAGGGUGAGAUCAAGCUGCACAUUCCCGACAUGGACCUGGAGCCGGACGCCCACGUGCUGCUGUCCAUGCCCGAGGUGGUGGAGAAGCUGGACCAGUGCGUGAUGAAUUGGCAGACCCAGAUCACCGUGGUCAUCGAGGAGCUGCAGAAGAAACAGCCGCAGGGUCAGGGCCCCAUGGCGGAGAUCUACUACUGGCAGGAGAGGACGGCGUCCCUGAGCGCCCUGUGCGAGCAGCUCAAGCUCCCGGCAGUGAAGAAGAUUCUGGAGGUCAUGACCCUGGCCGACCCGGUCACCAUGCAGAACCUGGACAUGACCAUGACCGAGCUCAGCAAGUACCACGUGGAGGCGGUGGAGAACGUGCGCUUCCUCGGCACACUGGAGAGGCACUUCAAGAACCUGGUGAUGGCGGUGGACUUCAGCGUGAUCCUGGACACCAUCCCUCCCAUGAUGAACGGGCUGAGGCUGGUGUGGAUCAUCUCGGGUCACUACAACUCUGACGAGCGCAUGGUGCCUCUGAUGGAGCGCAUCGCCUGGGAGCUGUCCGAGCGCGUGGCGCGCGUGGUCAACGUGCGCACCCUGUUCAAAGACAACAGAAGCGUGGCCAAGGCCAAAGCCCAGGACGGUAAGGAGGUGCUGAACCUGUGGAAGUCCAGCUACUUCGAUAUACGCUCCAAGAUCGAGUCGUCGGGCCGAGACCCACGGUGGGAGUUCGACCGGCGGAAACUGUUUGAGAAGACCGACUACAUGUCCUCCAUUUGCCAGGACCUCUACGAUAUCCUGCAGACCCUGGAGGAGUUCUACAACAUCUUCGGGCCGCAGCUGAAGGCGGUGACGGGGGACCCCAAGCGGAUCGACGACGUGCUGUACUGCGUGGACAAGCUGGUGACGCCCAUCGAGGAGCUCAGCUUCGACCCCUUUGACAUCCGCAAGAUGGCCAGCUGGAAGGAGGUCAUGCAGGAUUUCAAGACCAAAGUGGAGGGCAUAGAAGAGGAGGCCAUCCACUUCAUAGACGACUCCUUCAAGACGCUGCGCUCGGCGAAGGUGGCCUUCGACAUGCUCCUGAAGUUCAAGCACAUUCGCUCCAGGGAGCGCAUCAACAAGAAGAUGAUGAAGAAGUUCUGUGACAUCCUAGCCCAGUACUGCAAGGAGGUGGACAUCAUCAACGAGCUGUUUGAGCAGAACAAGGACAACCCCCCCUUGAGCAAGAACCAGCCCCCCGUGGCGGGGGCCAUCUACUGGGAGCGGUCGCUCUUCAGCCGGAUCAAGCACACCAUCGUCCACUUCCUGGACGUGCCCGAGAUGCUGGAGAGCGAGGAGGGGCGAGCGGCCAAAGACAGGUACCUGGAGGUGGCGAAGACGAUGAAGGACUACGAGAUGAAUAAAUUUGAGUCCUGGAGAGAGGCGGCGGAGGAGAAGCUGCCCCAGCUGAUGAAGAAGACCCUGCUUUUGGUGUGCACCAGCACCGUCAAGGCCGUGUCAGGGGACCAGGCUUCUAUCAAUUCGCCGAUCUCCUCAGCCUCCCCCAAUCAGAAGGAGCCGGCGGCGCCGGAGCGGAACGUGUGCCGGGGGGUGCGCUACGUGGUCAACUUCGCCCCCGAGCUGAAGGAGAUCAUCGCGGAGACCAAGUACCUGGAGCAGCUGGGCUACCCAGUGCCCAAACUGGCCCGGAGCGUGGCCCUCCAGGAGGUCCGGUUCCUCAGGGAAGUGCACGGGCUGACCACGCUGGUGGAGCACUUCCACUCGCUGAUGAACACGCUGAACGACGCAGAGUUCAGCCUCCUGACGGAGCAGAUCGCCGAGCUACGGAGGGUGAUGAGCGCGGGGCACAAGCGGCUCAACUGGAACGCUCUGGGAAUCUGGGAGUACAUCGGCCGCUGCAAUCAGGCCACGGCCAAGUUUGAGUCGCUGGUCUACCAGAUCCAGAAGAACGAGAGGGACAUCGACGUGAAAAUCCAGGCCAUCGAGACCGCCAACCUGUUCAAGCUGCCGGCGCUGGACAGAGGCGAUGACCUGCCGGGGGUGAAGGAGUUCUGCGAGCUCAUGGAGAGCGAGCGGCUGAAGGACGUCAGCCUGCUGAGCAGGAAGUACAACGCCAUUCACCCCCUGCUGACCAAGAUGGAGAGCCUGAUCAUGCAGACCAACUCCGGCAGGGCCAAGAGGAUGGCCCAGUACUACGCCUACUGGGAGAAGAAGAUCUUCGACGCCCUCACCAAGAUGGUGGUGAGGAACAUCCAGAACUUCAACCUGGCGCUGACAGGCGACGUCCUGCUGUUCCGCAUCGACACCAUCCUGUCCCCCCCCGAAAUCAUGCUCCAGCCCAAGAACUGCGAGGUGUACAAGCUCAUCAUGCACUGCGUGGGAGACUGCCUGGAGAGCACCAGGAAGUUUGUGCGCUGGAUGGACAGGACCUGCAUAGAGUGCCCCCCGCAGGUGGUGGAGGGGGACGACGAGCCGGUGGUGUUCAGCUUCUACAGCGACGUGUCCCAGGUUCCGCACGUGACCGAGCGGGCGAUGGCGGUGUCCCAGACCACGCACCGCCUCCUGGGCUCGGUCGGCUCCUACCUGAACCGCUGGAAGCGCUUCCGCCACCUCUGGAAGCUGGACAAGUCCAUCGUCAUGGAGAAGUUUGCCGCCAAGCGGCCGUCCUGCUUCAUGUACGACGAGAAGCUGCAGUUCUACACGCAGGUCAGCCAGGAGGUGGCGCGCGAGCCGCUGGAGACGGACGUCCAGGUGAUCCGGCUGAACAUGCGGCUGCUGGCCCGGGGGGUGCAGGAGAACACCAAGGCCUGGGUCAGCUCGCUGGGGAGGCUGAUGAACGAGGCCACCCGGGAGGAGCUCUACGGCCUGCGCGACGAGCUCCAGGCACUCUCAGAGGCCCUGAAAAGGAGCCCAGACACACUGGAAGACCUGAAGUUUGUGCUGGGCACCAUCUCAGACAUCCGGGCAAUGUCCCUCUCCGUGGAGAUGAGGUACACGGACAUCCAGGAGAAGUACAGGACCCUAGCUAUGUACCGCGUGGAGGCCCCGGAGGAGGAGCUGGAGUUGGCGGCCAACAUCAGCCAGAUGUGGAGCGACCUGUUCGCCGAGGCCCGGGCGGUGGACCGCAGCCUGGGCCGGGUCAAGAGGACCUUCACCGAAAUCACCAAGAGUCAGAUCAACGAGUACAAGCAGGAGGCGUUUACGUUCGCAGAGAAGUUCAACCUCUCUGGCCCGGGGGCGGUGGGGGACGACCUGGAGAAGGGGAUGAGCCUGAUGGCGACGUUCGAGGCGGAGCUGGCGCGGAUCGAGUCGGGCCGGCAGGAGCUGGCUAACGCAGAGAAGCUCUUUAACCUGCCCAUCACCAUGUACCCAGAGCUGGUGCGGGUCCAGCAGGACAUGAGCGGCCUCAGGCAGAUCUACGAGAUCUACAAAGCGCAGAAGGUGGCUAAGACAGAGUGGUCGCAGACACUGUGGGCCAACCUGGACAUCCAGGUCCUGCAGGAGGGCAUCGAGGGCUUCAUUAAGAGCCUGCGCAAGCUGCCCAAGGACGUGCGCUGCCUGCCCGUGGCCUUCUUCCUGGAGGGCCGCAUGAAGGAGUUCAAGGACUCGCUCCCCCUGCUGGUGGACCUGAAGGACGAGGCCCUCAGAGAAAGACACUGGAAGGAGCUGAUGGAGAGGACAGGCACCAGCUUUGAGAUGAACCUGGAGACGUUCACUCUGGAGAACAUGUUCGCCAUGGAGCUGCACAAGUACGGCAGCGUCAUCGGCGACAUCGUCACCUCCGCCGUCAAGGAGCUCAGCAUCGAGAAGGGGGUGAAGGAGGUGGUGGAGACCUGGGAGAGCAUGCGCUUCAGCGUGCAGCGCUACUUCAAGGGCACGCAGGAGCGCGGCUGCAUCCUGGGCGCCGUGGACGAGAUCCUGCAGAGCCUGGACGACAACGCCAUGAACCUGCAGAGCAUGGCGGGCAGCCGCUUCGUCGGGCCCUUCCUCUCCACCGUGCAGCAGUGGGAGAAGAGCCUGUCGCUCAUCAGCGAGGUCAUCGAGGUGUGGAUGCUGGUGCAGCGGAAGUGGAUGUACCUGGAGAGCAUCUUCAUCGGAGGAGACAUCCGCUCCCAGCUCCCCGAGGAAGCCCAGAAGUUUGACAACAUCGACAAAAUGUUCAAGAAGAUCAUGAUGGACACGGUGAAGGACCCGGUGAUUAAGAAGUGCUGCCUGGUGCCCAACCGGCUGACGGACCUGCAGGGCCUGAGCGACGGGCUGGAGCGCUGCCAGAAGAGCCUGAACGACUACCUGGACUCCAAGCGCAACGCCUUCCCCCGCUUCUUCUUCAUCUCCGACGACGAGCUGCUCAGCAUUCUGGGAAGCAGCGACCCCUCCUGCGUCCAGGAGCACAUGAUCAAGAUGUACGAUAACAUCGCAUCGCUGCAGUUUGAGGAGGGGCCUAACGGGGAGACCCUGGCCACGGCGCUGGUCUCCGCGGAGGGGGAGACCAUGGUGCUGAGGGAGGCCGUCCACGCCGACGGCCGCGUGGAGGACUGGAUGACCGGCGUCCUGCAGGAGAUGAGACGCACCAACAGGCUCAUCACCAAGGAGGCCAUCUUCCACUACUGCGACAACACCAGCAGAGUGGACUGGAUGCUGCUGUACCAGGGCAUGGUGGUGCUGGCCAGCAGCCAGGUGUGGUGGACCUGGGAGGUGGAGGACGUCUUCAACAAGCUGAAGAAGGGCGACAAGCAGGCGCUCAAGAACUACGCCAAGAGGAUGCACCUGCAGAUCGACGAGCUGGUCACCCGCAUCACGCAGCCCCUGAAGAAGAACGACCGGCGCAAGAUCAACACCGUCCUCAUCAUCGACGUCCACGCCCGGGACAUCGUGGACAUCUUCGUCAGGGACAGCAUCAUGGACGCCCGCGAGUUUGAGUGGGAGAGCCAGCUGCGCUUCUACUGGGUGAGGGAGAACGACGACCUGUUCGUGCGCCAGUGCAGCGCCUCCUUCUACUACGGCUACGAGUACAUGGGGCUGAACGGCCGCCUGGUCAUCACGCCGCUCACUGACCGCAUCUACCUCACGCUCACGCAGGCCCUGUCCAUGUACCUGGGUGGAGCCCCUGCUGGGCCGGCUGGUACAGGUAAAACAGAGUCCACUAAAGACCUGGCCAAGGCCCUGGGGCUGCUGUGUGUGGUCACCAACUGCGGGGAGGGCAUGGACUACAUGGCCAUGGGGAAGAUCUUCUCAGGGCUGGCGCAGUGUGGGGCCUGGGGCUGCUUCGACGAGUUCAACCGCAUCGAUGCCUCUGUGCUGUCCGUCAUCUCCUCCCAGAUCCAGACCAUCCGCAACGCGCUCAUCCUGCACCUCAAGACCUUCCAGUUCGAGGGGCAGGAGAUCUCCAUGGACGACCGCAUGGGCAUCUUCAUCACCAUGAACCCGGGGUACGCCGGGCGCACGGAGCUGCCCGAGUCGGUCAAGGCCCUGUUCCGGCCCGUGGUGGUGAUCGUGCCCGACCUGCAGCAGAUCUGUGAGAUCAUGCUGUUCUCCGAGGGCUUCCUCAUGGCCAAGAUUCUGGCUAAGAAGAUGACGGUGCUGUACAAGCUGGCUCGGGAGCAGCUGUCCAAGCAGUCGCACUACGACUUCGGCCUGCGGGCGCUCAAGUCCGUGCUGGUGAUGGCCGGGGAGCUGAAGAGGGGCUCGCCCGACCUCAACGAGGACAUGGUGCUGAUGCGCGCCCUGCGGGACAUGAACCUGCCCAAGUUCGUGUUCGAGGACGUGCCGCUCUUCCUGGGCCUGAUCUCGGACCUGUUCCCGGGGCUGGAUUGCCCCCGCGUGCGCUACCCCAGCUUCAACGACGCCGUGGAGCAGACCCUGCAGGACAACCACUACGUCAUGCUGGAGGACCAGGUGGACAAGGUGGUGCAGAUGUAUGAGACGAUGAUGACCAGGCACACUACCAUGGUGGUGGGACCCACCGGAGGAGGAAAGUCCGUGGUCAUCAACACCCUGUGUCAGUCCCAGACCAGGUUGGGUCUGGUGACGAAACUGUACUGUCUGAACCCCAAAGCCAUGAGUGUGAUCGAGCUCUAUGGUAUUCUGGACCCGGUCACCCGGGACUGGACCGACGGCAUCCUGUCCAACAUCUUCCGGGACAUCAACAAGCCCACUGACAAAAAAGAAAGGAGGUACAUCAUGUUCGACGGGGAUGUGGACGCCCUGUGGGUGGAGAACAUGAACUCUGUGAUGGACGACAACAAGCUGCUGACCCUGGCCAACGGAGAGAGAAUCCGCCUGCAGGGCCACUGUGCCCUGCUGUUUGAGGUCGGAGACCUGCAGUACGCCUCCCCCGCCACAGUGUCCCGCUGUGGAAUGGUGUUUGUGGACCCAAAAAACCUGCGCUAUGCCCCCUACUGGCAGAAGUGGGUGAGCGCAAGGAGCUCAAAGGAGCAACCAGAGCUGAACAAGCUGUUUGAGAAGUACGUCCCCAAAUGCAUUGACAUGAUCGUGGAAGGGAUCGUGGACGGCAAGCAGGAGGAGAAAUUGAAGACCAUUGUUCCCCAGACUGACUUAAACAUGGUGUUUCAGCUGUCCAUGAUGCUGGAGGCUCUGCUGGUUGAGGACGAGCUGGAGGCCUCAGUGCUGGAGUGCUUCUUCCUGGAGGCCCUCUGCUGCUCCCUAGGGGGCGCCCUGGUCGACGCCGGGAAGGUCAAGUUUGACGGGUUCCUCAAGAAGCUCUCCGGCAUGACCACAUCGCAUGACGAGAGUGCCCUGGCCAACCCUGGGGAGAUACCGGGUACCAUGCCGACUCUGUACGAUUUUCAUUUUGACGGCGAGCAGAGGAAAUGGGUGCCCUGGAGCUCGCUGGUCCCCACAUACGUCCACGACGUCGACGUCCAGUUCAUUGAUAUCCUUGUGCCCACCGUGGACACCACGCGCGCCAGCUGGCUGCUGGAGCAGAUGGUGAAGAUCAAGCGGCCCGUUGUGCUAGUGGGGGAGUCGGGCACCUCCAAAACGGCCACGACGCAGAACUUCCUGAAGAACCUCAACAUGGACACCACCAUGAUGCUGACCAUCAACUUCUCGUCGCGCACCACAUCCAUGGACCUGCAGAGGAACCUGGAGGCCAACGUGGAGAAGAGGACCAAGGAGACCUACGGCCCUCCCAUGGGCAAGAGGCUACUGGUCUUCAUGGACGACCUCAACAUGCCACGGGUGGACGAGUAUGGCACGCAGCAGCCCAUCGCCCUGCUGAAGCUGCUGCUGGACCGGGGGGGCAUGUACGAUCGGGGGAAGGAGCUCAACUGCAAGAUCCUGAAGGACCUGGGCUUCAUCGCCGCCAUGGGCAAGGCCGGGGGGGGGCGCAACGAGGUGGACCCCCGCUUCAUCUCCCUCUUCAGCGUCUUCUACAUCCCCUUCCCCGAGGAGGAGGCGCUCCACCACAUCUACUCCUCCAUUCUCAACGGCCACUGCAUGGCCUUUGACGAAUGCAUACAAAACAUCUGCAACAAGCUGACCUUCUGCACCCUGGAGCUGUACAAGAACAUAAUUAAAGACCUGCCUCCGACCCCAUCCAAGUUCCACUACAUCUUCAACCUCAGAGACCUCUCCAGGGUCUACAAUGGCCUGGUCAUGACCAACACCGAAGAGUACCCAGAAGUCAAGCGGUUUGUGCGGGUCUGGAGGAACGAGUGCCUGCGAGUGUUCCACGACCGGCUCAUCAACGAAACCGACAAAACGCUCGUCCAGGAUCACAUUAAGAACCUGAUCCAGGAGCACUUCCCGGAGGACCUGGAGUAUGUCAUGAGGGACCCUGUCCUGUACGGGGACUACAGGAACGCCCUGGUGGAGUCAGAGCCGCGCGUCUACGAGGACAUCCAGGACUACGAGGCCUCUCACGCUUUGUUCCAGGAGAUCCUGGAAGAGUACAACGAGUCGAAGACGCAGAUGAAGCUGGUUCUGUUCGACGACGCCCUGGAGCACCUGACCCGCGUCCACCGCAUCAUCCGCAUGAACCGCGGCCACGCCCUGCUGGUGGGGGUGGGCGGGUCCGGCAAGCAGUCCCUCACCAAGCUGGCGGCCUUCGCCGCAGACUGUGAGGUGUUUGAGAUCACGCUCAGCCGAGGCUACAACGAGACCACCUUCCGCGAGGACCUGAAGGUGCUGUACCACAAGCUGGCCAUCGAGAACAAGAAGACCGUGUUCCUCUUCACCGACGCUCACGUGGCCGAGGAGGGCUUCCUGGAGCUCAUCAACAACAUGCUGACCUCAGGCAUGGUGCCGGCGCUGUUCGCGGACGAUGAGAAGGAGUCGGUCCUGAACCAGCUCCGUGAGGAGGCCCUGAAGAUGGGCUCGGGCCCGUCCAAGGAGAGCAUCUGGCAGUACUUCGUCAACAAGAGCGCCAACAACCUGCACAUCGUCCUGGGCAUGUCCCCCGUAGGGGACACUCUGCGGACCCGCUGCAGGAACUUCCCAGGGCUGGUGAAUAACACUGGGAUAGACUGGUUCCUGCCUUGGCCUCCUCAGGCCCUGCUGGCUGUGGCUCAGUCCUUCCUCGGCGAGAGCUCCAUGAUCCCGGAGGAGCACCUGAAGGAGGUGAUCAACAACGUGUGCAUGGUGCACAGCUCGGUGGGCGAGUACAGCAAGCUCUUCCUGCAGAAGCUGCGCCGCAGCAACUACGUCACGCCCAAGAACUACCUGGACUUCAUCAGCACCUACGCCGCCCUGCUGGAGGACAAGGACGCCUACAUCCUGUCUCAGUGUAAGCGUCUGGAGGGAGGCCUGGACAAGCUGAAGGAGGCCAGCGUGCAGCUGGAGGAGCUCAACGUCAAGCUGGCCGACCAGAAGGUGGUGCUGGCUGAGAAGUCCUCCGCCUGCGAGAUCCUGCUGCAGGAGAUCUGCACCAACACCGCAGUGGCGGAGGAAAAGAAAACAAUGGCGGAGGACAAGGCGAAGGAGAUCGAGGAGCAGAACAAGGUGAUCGCCGUGGAGAAGGCGGACGCCGAGAGCUCGCUGGCGGAGGCCCUGCCUGCCCUGGAGGCCGCCCGCAUCGCCCUGCAGGACCUGGACAAGUCCGACGUCACGGAGAUCAGGUCCUUCGCCAAGCCGCCCAAGCAGGUGCAGGCGGUGUGCGAGUGCAUCCUGGUCAUGCGCGGCUACAAGGAGAUCAGCUGGAAGUCCGCCAAGGGCAUGAUGUCGGAGGCCAACUUCCUGCGCUCGCUCAUGGAGAUGGACUGCGACUCCAUCAACCCCAGCCAGGUCAAGACCGUGCGAGGCUUCCUCAAGAGCCUGAACACCACGCUGGAGGAGAUGCAGGGCAUCAGCCGGGCGGGGGCCGGGAUGCUCAAGUUCGUGGAGGCAGUGAUGGGCUACUGCGACGUUGCCAAGGAGAUCAAGCCAAAGAGAGAGCAGGUGGCCCGGCUGGAGAGGAACUUCUUCCAGAGCAAGAGGGAGCUGGAGAGGAUCCAGGACGAGCUGGAGGCCAUUCAGAAGGAGCUGGGAGCGCUGGGGGAUAAGUACGACGCCGCCAUCUCAGAGAAGCAGCAGCUGCAGGAGGAGGCCGAGGUCAUGGAGAGGAGACUCAUCGCUGCCGACAAACUCAUCUCCGGCCUGGGCUCUGAAAACGAGCGCUGGACGGAGGACCUGGAGGAGCUGAAGCAGCGUCGGGUGCGGUUGCUAGGAGACUGCCUGGUGUGCGCGGCCUUCCUGAGCUACGAGGGGGCGUUCAGCUGGGACUUCCGGAACGAGAUGGUGUACGAGGUGUGGCAGCGGGACGUCCUGGAGCGGGGCAUCCCCCUCAGCCAGCCCUUCCGCCUGGAGAACCUGCUGACCGACGAGGUGGAGAUCAGCAGGUGGGGCUCAGAAGGCCUUCCUCCAGAUGAGCUGUCUGUGCAGAACGGCAUCCUGACCACGCGGGCCAGCCGCUUCCCCAUGUGCAUCGACCCCCAGCAGCAGGCCCUCAACUGGAUCAAGAAGAAGGAGGAGAAGAACAACCUGAAGAUCUCCUCCUUCAACGACCCCGACUUCCUGAAGCAGCUGGAGAUGGCCAUCAAGUAUGGCUUUCCCUUCCUGUUCCAGGACGUGGACGAGUACAUCGACCCCGUCAUCGAUAACGUCCUGGAGAAGAACGUGAAGGGGGCGGAGGGCCGGCAGGUCAUCAUGCUGGGGGACAAGGAGGUGGACUACGACCCCAACUUCAAACUCUACCUCAACACCAAGCUGUCCAACCCCAAGUACUCGCCCUCUGUCUUCGGCAAGGCCAUGGUCAUCAAUUACACCGUGACUCUGAAGGGUCUGGAGGAUCAGCUGCUCAGCGUGAUCGUGGGCUUUGAGCGGAAGGAGCUGGAGGAGCAGCGUGAGCGGCUGAUCCAGGAGACCAGCGAGAACAAGAAGCUGCUGAAGGACCUGGAGGACUCCCUGCUGAGGGAGCUGGCCACCUCCACCGGCAACAUGCUGGACAACGUGGAGCUGGUGCACACGCUGGAGGAGACCAAGUCCAAGGCCAGCGAGGUGUUCGAGAAGCUGAAGUUGGCGGAGAACACCUCGGUGGACAUCGACAAGCUGCGGGACGGCUACCGUCCGGCGGCCAAGCGCGGCGCCAUCCUGUUCUUCGUGCUGGCGGAGAUGGCACUGGUCAACGCCAUGUACCAGUACUCGCUGGCGUCCUACCUGGAGGUGUUCGACCUGUCGCUGCGCAAGUCCCUGCCCGACUCGGUGCUGAGCAAGAGGCUGAAGAACAUCAUGGACACGCUCACCUACAACGUCUACAACUACGGCUGCACCGGGCUGUUUGAGAGGCACAAGCUGCUCUUCUCCUUCAACAUGACCAUUAAGAUGGAGCAGCCAGAGGGUCGGGCCCCCCAGGAGGAGCUGGAGUUUUUCCUGAAGGGGAACCUGUCCCUGGAGAAGAGCGCGCGGAAGAAGCCGUUUGCCUGGCUGCCGGACCAGGGCUGGGAGGACAUCAUCCGGCUGGCCGAGCUCUUCCCCGACGAGUUCGGCACGCUGCCCGACGACAUGGAGAAGAACCCGGACGAGUGGAAGAGCUGGUAUGACCUGGACGGGCCCGAGCAGGUGCCCUUCCCCAUGAAGUACAAGGACAACCUGACCAGCUUCCAGAAGCUUCUGCUGCUGCGCUGCUUCCGCCUGGACCGCGUGUACCGAGCCGUCACCGACUACGUGGACAUCACCAUCGGCGAGAAGUACGUACAGCCGCCGGUGAUCAGCUUCGAGGCCAUAUUCGACCAGAGCACGCCCAGCUCCCCCAUCGUGUUCAUCCUGAGCCCCGGCUCGGACCCCGCAGGGGACCUGACGAAGCUCACCGAGAGGCUGGACUUCUGCAGCAGCCGCCUCAAGUUCCUGGCCAUGGGGCAGGGGCAGGAGAUGGUGGCGCUGCAGCUGCUGGAGACGGCGGUGUCCAGGGGCCACUGGCUGAUGCUGCAGAACUGCCACCUGCUGGUGAAGUGGCUGAAGGACCUGGAGAAAGCGCUGGAGAAGAUCACCAAGCCCCACCCCGAGUUCCGCCUGUGGCUCACCACCGACCCCAUCAAGGACUUCCCCAUCGGCAUCCUGCAGAAGUCCCUGAAGGUGGUGACCGAGCCGCCCAACGGGCUGAAGCUGAACAUGCGGGCCACGUACUUUAAGAUCUCGCACCACAGCCUGACCGGCUGCCCGCACCCCGCCUUCCGCAGCCUGGUCUUCGUGCUGUCCUUCUUCCACGCCGUGGUGCAGGAGCGCCGCAAGUACGGCAAGAUCGGCUGGAACGUGCCCUACGACUUCAACGAGUCCGACUUCCUGGUGUGCAUGGAGAUCCUGGACACCUACCUGACCAAAGCCCACACGCAGGGGGAUGAGAAGAUCCCCUGGGGCAGCCUCAAGUACCUCGUCGGAGAGGUGAUGUACGGGGGCCGGGCCAUAGACAGCUUCGACCGCCGCAUCCUCACCGUCUACAUGGACGAGUACCUGGGAGACUUCCUCUUCGACACCUUCCAGCCCUUCCACUUCUACCACAACAAGGACGUGGACUACAAGAUCCCGUUCGACGGGGCCAAGGACGUGUACGUGGCGGAGAUCGAGAGCCUGCCGCUGGCCAACACCCCCGAAGUGUUCGGCCUGCACCCCAACGCCGAGAUCGGCUACUACACGCAGGCCGCCCGCGACAUGUGGACGCACCUGAUCGACCUGCAGCCGCAGACAGGAGAGUCCGGAGGGGGGAUCAGUCGGGACGAGUACAUCAGCCAGGUGGCGCGGGACAUCCAGAGCAAGCUGCCGGCCGUGUUCGACCUGGACGUGAUCCGCAAGGAGAUGGGCCUGGACAUCCAGCCCACCGCCGUGGUGCUGCUGCAGGAGCUGGAGAGGUUCAACAAGCUGAUCCAGCGUAUGGGCCGCUCGCUGGCCGAGCUGCAGAGGGCGUUGGCGGGCGAGGUGGGCAUGAGCAACGAGCUGGAUGAGGUGGCUCGGGCGCUCUUCAACGGGCAGAUCCCGUCCAUCUGGAGGAAGCUGGCGCCCGACACGCUCAAGUCCCUGGGGAACUGGAUGAUCCACUUCAAGAGGAGGUUCGACCAGUACAAGUCCUGGGUGGAGCAGGGGGAGCCCAUGGUGAUGUGGUUGUCAGGGCUGCACAUCCCGGAGUCGUACCUGACAGCUCUGGUCCAGGCCACCUGCAGGAAGAACGGCUGGCCUCUGGACCGCUCCACCCUCUACACACAGGUCACCAAGUACCGCACCGAGGAGGAGGUCAAAGAGAAACCAGGCCAGGGGUGUUUUGUGUCCGGGCUGUACCUGGAGGGGGCCGACUGGGACCUGGAGAACAGCUGCCUGGUGCGCAGCACACCCAAAGUGCUGGUGGUGCAGUUACCCAUCCUCAAAGUCAUCCCCAUCGAGUCCCACCGCCUCAAACUGCAGAACACGCUGCGGACGCCGGUGUACACCACCUCCAUGAGGAGGAACGCCAUGGGGGUGGGGCUUGUGUUCGAGGCGGACCUCUUCACCACCAAGCACAUCUCUCACUGGGUCCUGCAGGGCGUCUGUCUGUGUCUCAAUUCUGAUUGACACGCCCCUUUGCCAGCGCACGGCUUUUACCUGCUGCAGUACGGCCUGUCAAUCAUUCUGUCUGUCCGUCUGUUUCGAGCUUCAAAGAUGAGCCAGUAUUUAUAGAGCGUAAUCUCAGUUAAGAUUAUUUGACAACACAGCACACAUACGUGAUGUUUAUCACUUUUUCGUAAAAAUAUACAAUUUCGCAUUUUUGGUCUGAAGUUGAUCAGUCGUUGUUUCAUCUGACAUUUUUAGCAGAACAUUCUCAUAGCUAAAACUGCUGCAUAUUUGACACACUGUUCUUUUGAGGAACAGUGUUGGCUGAAAUUAGCUGUGAGAUGGUAGUAUUAUUGGCGCCAAAAUGAAAAUAAAUAAAAUUUUAACUAAAUUUAAACAUUAAGGACCUUUACUGCUGUUGAAAUAAACCUUUAUUUUGCAUAACA